AGUAAUAACACAACAGAAAUUAAAUCUAAUUUUAUUUAUCCUUAGUGAUAUUUGCUAUCGUGUUAACAAUUAUCUUAUGGCACUCGUGUUAUAAUACAAACAAAAACAAAGAUAAAAAAGAUAGACAAUAACGGUAUUAAGUUUUGUAGAUAAUAAGACCUAACACGUCAGCAUAAAGUAUCGAUUCAAACGAAUUCCGAUAAAAAGAUCCGUGGUUGUAGUUCGCACAAUAUUUGUUAACUCAAGGUGAUUGUAAUUAUAGAACAUCGCGUUAGUAUACAAUUUGUGCUCAAAUAGACGUAACGCUUUUCUGGAUUUCCGAUUGAAUAAAAUAAAUAAAAAAAUCAAAUUUUUGUUCGUAUUAUCUUCAUUCAAUACAUAGUUUUAAUGUAAGCAUAGUGAUCAAAUAAAAAUUGACUUUUAGAAUUAGUUUCGCGCGCGUCAUUCGUCUCAGAGAUACGCGUUUUGAUUGAGGUGUAUUAAUUUUUUUGUUAAAUAAAAUAGACAUUCAGUUAUUAACAUGAUAAUAGCCCUGCAUUACAGUAAACUGAGACCGGUGUUGAAUUUCUCGUGUCUGCAGCAAUGUGUGAGAACAGUGACAGUUAGCGCGGCAACAGAAAAACUACAACAAACAGAAUUGAAAUCGUUUCGAGAGAUUCCGGGCCCCUCGUCGUUGCCGAUCAUGGGCCCGUUUCUACACUUCAUGCCCGGAGGAUCCCUUCACAACAUUAACAGCACGGAACUGACUCACAAACUGUACGACAUAUACGGACCUAUCGUUAGAAUCGAUUCAAUGUUUUCUAAGGACGCUAUUGUAUUACUGUAUGAUGCAGAAAGCGCCGGAAUCAUUUUACGUAACGAGAACAACAUGCCAAUAAGGAUCAGCUUUAAAUCCUUAUCAUAUUAUAGACAGAAAUAUAAGAAAUCGGAAAAUGAUCGCACAGACAGACCGACUGGAUUAGUGUCAGACCACGGCGAGUUAUGGAAGAGCUUCCGUUCGGCGGUGAAUCCAGUCUUAUUACAGCCGAAAACUAUAAGACUAUACAGCUCAGCACUAGAAGAGGUAGCCACCGACAUGGUCGAGAGGCUUAGGUCUCUUAGAGAUGAAAACAACAGGAUACGUGGUCAAUUCGAUCAAGAGAUGAAUCUUUGGUCUCUCGAAUCAAUAGGGGUUGUGGCUUUAGGAAACCGGCUUAACUGCUUCGAUUCAAAUCUUCAGGACGACUCCCCCGUCAAGAGAUUGAUCGAAUGUGUCCAUCAGAUGUUCGUGUUAUCGAACGAAUUGGACCUCAAGCCCAGUAUUUGGACGUAUGUUUCAACACCGCUAUUCAGGAAAACUAUGAAAAUGUAUGAAGAACAAGAAAAUUUAACGAAAUAUUUCAUCAAGAAAGCACUAGACGAUAUUAAAAUGAACAAAUCGAAAUCGGAUGAUGAGAAACCGGUGCUCGAGAAAUUAUUGGACAUCAAUGAAGAAUACGCGUAUAUUAUGGCUUCAGACAUGCUGGUGGCUGGUGUCGAUACCACUUCAAACACGAUGUCCGCAACUUUGUACCUCAUGGCGAUAAAUCAGGACAAACAGCAGAAGUUGAGGGAAGAAGUGAUGUCGAAGAACGGUAAAAGAUCAUACUUGAGGGCUUGCAUCAAAGAGGCCAUGAGAAUACUACCAGUCGUGUCCGGGAACAUGCGACGCACCACAAAGGAGUACAACAUUCUUGGAUAUCAUAUACCGGAAAAUGUCGACAUUGCAUUUGCUCAUCAACAUUUGUCGAUGAUGGAGAAAUACUAUCCAAGACCGACGGAGUUCAUUCCUGAACGCUGGUUGACUAACAAGAGCGAUCCUCUUUAUUAUGGAAACGCGCAUCCAUUCGCGAAUUCCCCAUUCGGCUUCGGUGUUCGCAGCUGUAUAGGUCGUCGCAUCGCCGAAUUAGAAGUGGAAACAUUUUUGUCGAAGAUCGUCGAAAAUUUUCAAGUCGAGUGGUCGGGGUCAUCCCCUAGAGUCGAACAGACUUCCAUCAAUUACUUCAAGGGACCUUUUAACUUUAUAUUCAAAGAUCUUUAAUGAAUCAGUAUUCAAAUGCGUAUCUCAAAUUUUAACUUAAUUUUAAUAAAAUUCUUUGAUUUUGUA